AUGGAGGGUUUACAGCAUCGAACAGUGAAUGUUAAUGGCAUAAACAUGCACAUAGCAGAGAUGGGUGAAGGCCCAUUGAUCCUCUUCAUCCAUGGCUUCCCUGACCUUUGGUUCUCAUGGCGCCACCAGAUCAAAGCUCUUGCUUCUCUAGGUUACCGCUGCGUGGCGCCGGACCUCCGCGGAUACGGUGACACGGAUGUGCCGGCCUCUCCCACCGCCUACACAAGUCUCCACGUCGUCGGCGAUCUUGUUGGACUUCUCGACGAGAUUGCCGGCGACCAAGAGAAAGUGUUUGUGGUGGGUCAUGACUGGGGUGCCAUGACUGCUUGGUCUCUUUCUCUCUAUCGCCCUGAACGAAUUAGGGCUCUUGUUAACAUCAGUGUUCCUUUCACUCCCCGAAACCCGAAGAGAAAGCCCCUAGACACCUUAAGAGCAGUGUACGGAGAUGACUACUAUAUUUGCAGGUUUCAGGAGACCGGAAAUAUAGAAGCUGAGUUUGAGCAGAUUGGCACUGCAAGAGUCCUGAAGGAGUUCCUGACAUACCGCAACCCUGCUCCACUUUAUCUACCAAAGGGUAAAGGGUUUGGACAUGCAAUUGAUUCUCCCAUGAAGUUGCCCUCAUGGCUAUCUGAAGAAGAAUGUGACUACUAUGCCAGUAAAUAUGAGAAGACUGGUUUCACAGGGGGAUUGAACUACUACAGAAAUUUGGAUCUAAAUUGGGAGCUCACAGCACCGUGGACUGGUGCUAAAGUCAACGUUCCUGUUAAGUUUAUUGUGGGUGAUCUUGACCUGACCUACAAUGCACCGGGUGCCAAGGAUUACAUUCACCAAGGUGGGUUAAAGAGAGAUGUUCCAUUUCUGGAGGAUGUAGUCGUAAUUCAAGGGGCUGGUCACUUCCUUCAUCAAGAAAGGCCUGAUGAGAUCAACAAACACAUCUACGAUUUCUUUAACAAAUUCUGA